CUUCUUGAACUUUUUAUAUAGAUUUGCUCUCAAAACUUGACGUCUCAACCACAACGAUUGGAUAUGUGGAUGUCUUAUUUGAGAUUGGGUCUGUGUAUCUCAGACGCCCACGAUAGCUGCCGAGGGUGCCGGCCUGCAGACAAAUUAGCAAUUCUGGACAACUCGAAAUUUCACCCUUGAAGUCAUCCUACUGCAGGCACCCCUGAAGUAGCAUGGCCUCUACAAGUAGACUUCCCGGGACGGGGCGAAAGAUCUUGUUCGAGAUUCUGAGUUACCUCGACGCAAAUGCAGCCGGACCACGUUUUGGACGACUUUCUAUCCAGGGCAGACGCGAUAUCGAAACGCCAAAUUUCUUUGCUGUCACUUCUAGAGGCGUGGUUCCACAUCUUACACCAGAUGUGAUAUCCACAUAUACACAAAUAGGCGGUGUUCAUGUGGCAUUAGAAGACUUUGUAGAAAGAGCAAUGAACGGCACGCCGCCGAUAAUGAAUUGCCCUGGUCCUUCUCCCCUUCAUACAUUUACAGCACUUCCAAAAUCACUGCCUUCCUUACUCGCACCGCGCCGCACACCAGCAGUCUCUGCUCCCAAUGGCAACAGCAACACUGCCAUAUCAAUCUUCACUUCCACCGGUUUCCAGCUCCUCACCAACAAAUCUUACAUCUCAUAUAUCGAGAUGCUACGACCCGACAUCGCGAUAGCCCUUGCUGAUGUUCCAUAUGGUGCCUUGCCUGGUACGAAAAGAGUCGCCAAAAUGGGAGGCAGAACUCAAGAAUGGCUCUCACAACUUCUCAGCGAAAAGCGGGAAGCGCAAGUCGUCUUUGCGCCUGUUCUCCCAAUUGAUUUUCUGGAUCAGUCAGAAUAUUUAAACAAUAUUGCAGAUGAUCUAGCUGAUGAGGUCUCUGGUCUCGCAUUCUACGAUUCGAAUCUUCUUCCCGACAUCCCUGCCACCACAGCAAUUUCAAAACUUCCACGACUGUCUCUGGACGAGCCGUCUUCUCCACGUCAGAUACUGAGGCAGAUAUCACUCGGCAUGGAUAUAUUUACUGUUCCAUUUAUUGGGUUCGCAACGGAUGCCGGAAUCGCAUUGACCUUCCGAUUUCCACGCCCUCCGCCAACUGGUGUGGUCAUUUCAAAUGGUGCUGGAGCAUUGCAACUGGGAGUAGAUAUGUGGCCAGCAGUGCACUCCACAUCUAUCACUCCGCUGGAUACAUCUUGUACCUGCUAUACCUGCACAUCCCACCACCGUGCUUAUGUCCAACACCUUCUCUCUGCCAAAGAAAUGCUCGGCUGGGUACUGCUUCAAGUUCACAACCACUACAUUCUUUCUGAGUUCUUCGCUGCAAUUCGAGAAAGUAUCAAAAACGGGACUUUCGACGCUGACUGCAAAGAGUUUGAGACAACCUAUGAGAGCGAGUUGCCUGAAAAGAGCGGUCAGGGGCCAAGAGUAAGAGGAUACCAUUUCAAGAGCGAAGGGCCGGGUGAGCCGAAAAAGAACAAGGCGGCCUGGGGAAAUCUGGGAAGCGACGAUCAAGAAGUCGAUGGUGGGUUGGUGCCCGACGAACCAGCAUCGGAGCUAGAAGAGAAAGGGUUUGCCGAGAAGAUGGAGGACUGAUUCUGCAAAAAUGUCAAGCAUUCGAAAUACAUAUUAGAGCCUCACACUCGUUUUCUGUCGAGGCCAGAUCGACUGUAUUUUGUGGUACGCGUAUGAUGCUAUCACAACAAAUCUUUUCCCUUGCAAGUGCAACUGGUCCCUCCUUUGCACUUUGAGAAGUUUCUGC